GAUGUUGCCGAGGCCGAUCUCCGCAUCCUGCAGUAUCCGAAAUCGCACUCACUGAAUCCACGAUGACGACGAAGACCGUACCCACGCUCACCCUCGAAGGUGCGCGCAUCGCCCUGGCCGCCGCUGAACAACGCGCUAAAGAGAUUGGUGUACCGAUGAACAUCGCAAUCGUCGACCACGCAACACACCUACUCAGCUUCACUCGCAUGGAAGGCGCAAAAAUCACAUCCAUCAAUAUUGCUAUUGAUAAGGCGUUUACUGCUGCGGGCCACAAGGUCCCCACAUCGGUCUACAAGGAGAACGUAUGGCCUGGCGGACCAGCGUAUGGCAUCAACCACACGAAUGGAGGUAGAUUUAAUACAAUUGGUGGUGGCCUACCAAUUAAACUUGACGGUGUUGUCGUCGGCGCGAUCGGGUGCAGUACAGGGACACCGGCACAGGACGAGGAUGUAAGCACGGCUGGCAAGAACGCCAUUGAGAAGAGCUUUGCACCAAAGGCGAAGCUCUAGUGAUAUGCGCGUAGGGCCCAUGGUACCUGGCAUAGAAGAGUUAAGAUAAUUGAUGCUAAGAUGGGUGACGAACUAAGGGUCCAGUACCUGAAAGCUACAACGAGUGUACGGCCAGUAAGAGUUAGGCGGCGUCCCAAGUACCAAUACGAGAAUCGACCGUGGAGUUUCAAGGUUAC